AUGAAUCAUAUUGCCACUUUCUUCAUGUGUGAUGGUCCUGUGAUCUCUGAUUUGAUUCGAAUUAUAAUCUAUGCUUAUCUAUUAUUCGAUUGUUUCAUGGGUAAAAUAACGGCACCUCCCAUUGGCGAUACACCCUUACAAGCACAUGUGCUUUUACAAAAAACAAACCCACUAUUUUGGUCUAUUAACAACAAAUUUUCUAGAUAUUUUCUAUUUUUGCAUCGGUAUGAAUACUUAAAAAUAAUUAUCAGAAUAGCGAAAAUAUCGUGGAUCUGCUGUAUAGUAGGACUCGGAGGCUUUAUUACGCGAUCAAUUACAGGAAUAUCAGUUUUCAUCUUGUCUACAUCAAUAAUUGGAAUCGGAAAAAUAGGUGUUCGCCAUCGUUGGCAUGUUCCAACAUGGACAUUGUUAGCGUUAAUAUUUACUAAAUUUAAGACAAACAGCGUCGAUCAUCUUAUCACUACAUAUAUUAACAGUCGUUAUAAUGCUGAACCAAAUCAAAUAAUAUUUGACAGCGGAUUUUCAUCGAAAUUUAUUCAGUGUAUAUCAUUAUACACAUUAUUCGCCGCUGGAAUUAGUAAAUUGCGGAAUUCUGGCAUUCAGUGGAUACUCCCUGGUACACUUACGUUCUAUUUAUCUGAUCCCACUUUAGAUAAUUUUACUGUAAUGUCAAAAUUUCGAAAAGAUUUAAGACGACUUAUUCUCCAAUAUCCGUUGAUUAUUAUUAUGAUAUCUGGCAGCUCUUUAAUUUUUGAAUUAAUAUCAAUUUUUGCACUGUUUUUUCCAUCCAUACGUCUUAUAAUUGUCAUAUUUGCAUGGGCAUUUCAUUUUGGAAUCUUACUUCUACUCAGCCCAAAUUAUUUACCUCAAUGUGUAUGUUACUUGAUGAUUAUUGAUAUUCCAUGCCACACAAAAAUCUAUCAAACCAAUAUGAACAUUAAUUAUGUCGAUAUAUUCGUGAUAGUUACUGCAAUAAUGAUAAUAGUCGGUUAUCUACUUAGUUUAAUAUACUGUUACGAGGGUUGGCCAUUUACAUCAGUUCCAAUGUAUGCAUUGGAUCGUCGCCAAUUCACUCAUGAUUAUUUGAUUGAUGAAAACCAAUUGAAUUAUUUAGGGAACGAACUGCAUUUAUUAAAUGGAAUUUCUGUUGGUUGUAAUGAUCAGUUUAGUUUCGGUGAAACAUGGAUUAGAAUAACUAAAAAUGAUGGAAAUAUGAACAUAAUAAAACAAAUUUGCUUUCAUAUGUGUCCCUUUGAAUAUGCUUUUAGGCACAGUCUAUUAUCAGCUCUAAUACGAUCCAUCGUAAUUUCAAAACAUGAAAUGGAUAUUUUUAUUCUCAAUAUUUUUGAUAUACUAGCAGCGGACGAUUUACAAUUCAUAACCAAAAAUGAAUUCAUUAGCGUAGAGAUUCAUUUCAAAGAUGGAUGGAAAACGUACUCAACUAGUAAACGGAUCAAGGAACAUUAA